AUGGUACUCCUGGCAGUGAUGUCAUCGCACUGUCCCAAGAGUGGUCUUGCACUUCGCAGCGGGCCCAGUUGGGGCCCAAAUUGGCCCACUGUGAAGCAAGCACUCAUGAGGAGUGUCAAAAAGUUGUCCCUAAGGUCUAAGAACAUCACUUCUCCCAGGGUCAGAGACAUGGAGGCUGACAGCAACCAAACAGGCAUGCCAUCUCUGAAGCGCUGCAUUACUCAGGGGAUCAAACAAUUGUAUCAGACUCAGCAACUCUGCGACGUCACUCUAGUGGCUGAAGGAAGAAUGUUCCCUUGUCACAGGGCAAUUUUGGCUUCGGUCAGCCUCUACUUCCAGCGCAUGUUCACAAGCUCCUUCAAAGAAUCUCGGGAACCCGAAAUCCUGCUCAAGGAGCUCUCUGCCUCCUCCCUCCAGACUCUCCUGGUUUACAUCUACACAGGAGAACUGGUUUUCACUGCAGGCCAGGCCACAGAGCUGUUCACAGCAGCCAGCAGGCUUCAAGUCAUGCCUGCCCUGCAAAUUAUUAGCAGGUUCCUCAGAGAGAGCCUUGCCAUGGAGAACUGCCUGGAGUUUUAUAUGCUGGCGUAUUCCCAUAACUACCGGCCUCUCCUCCGCACAACCUUGUCCUACGUUGCCUUCCAUUUUAAACACCUUUCAGAGAGCCCUGCUUUUCUGCUCCUUGACUUCAGUGCCCUGAUCAGCAUCCUCUCCUCAGACAGCCUGGCAGUGAAGUCUGAACUGGCUGUGUACAGGGCGGUGCGCUGCUGGGUCAGACAUAACCCCAGUGAGCGCCUCCGGAAACUUGGAGAACUGAUGGCUCACGUUCGCCUUCCUCUGAUGACACCGGUGGAGCUGGCUGAGGUCCAGGGCGACAUGGAAGAAUUUGACCAGCCUGUGCAGCUGUGUUGGGAGGAGCUCAGGGAUGAAAAAAGACUGGAGGCUUGUGGGGGGCUCAGACAGGGCAUGUACCACGAAGGAGUGGUGUGUAUUGGGCUACCCAAGUGGAGUGAGAUGAGUCUGGGAAAUGAGGCGCUGGAUUCUCAUGUGCACUUUUUCGACCUUUCCACUGAACAAUGGGAGCAACUGCCCGAUCUGAAAUCGCUGACCUUCCCUGGCUGUACCUCAAUGGGCCACAAACUCUAUAUAGCUGGUGGGCGGUAUUUAGACAAUUCCUGUUCAGACAACCUGUUUGUAUAUGAUGCCCUGUGGGGCCGCUGGUCCCAGCUGCCUUCCAUGUCUACAACUCGAGUGUGGCAUGCAUUCCACCUCUGCAAAAAUAAGCUAUAUGCCGCUGCUGGCUGGGAUAUUAUGGGACCCCUUGCAUCUGCUGAAUGUUUUGACUUGGAGCGGAAAGAAUGGGUCCCCAUCUCCGACUUGCCUUUAUCUUUGGCUUACUUUGCCUCCACAACAUUCAAGAGCAAACUGUACCUUAUUGGUGGAGAGACAAACAUGGGAGACCCUGACAUGUCAACUCCGUUCCGGGGAUUUCUGUUUUAUGAUCUUGUGUCGGAAGCCUGGAACCAGGUCCUCAUGGCAUUCGAAUUCUAUGAAGCAAGUGCCAUUGCGCUGGACACCUGUAUCUUUGUCGUAGGUGGGUUAUCUGCAGACACGACCCAUGGAGGUCGCCAAUUCACAGGACGCUGUGCCUGCCUGCUUGAAGAUGGAACAAUGAACCAAGAGGUCUGCAUCCCACCACUGCCCAUCUCGAUCUCUUAUCCUGGUGUGGCUCGCUGGCAUAAGCGCAUUUAUGUCUUUGGGGGUGACUACAAUGACUGCUAUUCCAGUGCUAUCCAUUACUGGGAGCCAGGCCUCCUGACCUGGACCCAGUGUGGAGCAUGUUUACCCGACCCCAAUUAUGGGGCUUUUGGAUUUGGUUGUGUGGAGCUCAAGGUGCCCCAGAAAAAAUUCAUCUCUCUGUGUCAAACAAAAUCUGCCACAUCUCCGGCACAGUAG